AUAAAUGUCAAAAUACUUAUUUCUCGGUGUCUUCGACCACGGUGUGAAAUCGAAAUUGUAGAAAUAAUAUUUCCAACCUCUGCCGAUGUAAUACGCCAAUUGUCAAUAACGGCAUAGCCGAAUUAUCUUAGUUCCCUAACUAUUUAUUGAUAUUAACAUUAGUUGAGUGGUUCAGUACAAAAACUAACCAUGCCGCCGAAGAAAGCAAGUGGUGGUGCAGCCAGCAAGAAGACUGAACAAAAAAAGAAGGAGAAAGUAAUUGAAGACAAGACCUUUGGUCUCAAAAACAAGAAAGGUGCCAAGCAACAAAAAUUUAUACAGCAAGUGGAGAAACAAGUAAAAAGCGGUGGUAUUCACCCCGCUCAGCCGGUACAAGAUAAAAAGAAGGAAAAGGAACAGAAACUGAAGGAGCAGAAGGAAUUAGCAGCGCUAUUCAAACCUGUUCAAACACAGAAAGUUGAGAAAGGUACCGACCCGAAAUCUGUUGUAUGUGCAUUCUUCAAGCAAGGUCAAUGUGCUAAGGGUGAUAGAUGUAAAUUCUCACACGAUUUGACUAUAGAAAGAAAGGCUGAAAAGCGAUCACUCUAUGUUGAUAUGCGUGAUGAUGAGGAUAAUAUGGAUAACUGGGAUGAAGACAAACUUAAGGAAGUGGUGGAAAAGAAACACGGCGAGGGCAACAAGCAACGGCCAUCGACUGAUAUUAUUUGCAAGCACUUCCUUGAAGCUGUAGAGAAAUCCAAGUAUGGUUGGUUUUGGGAAUGUCCUGCUGGCACCAAAUGUAUAUACAGGCACGCUUUGCCGCCGGGCUUUGUACUCAAACGGGAUAAGAAGAAAAUGGAGGAGAAGAAGAAUGAGAUAUCUCUUGUCGAUUUAAUAGAGAGGGAGCGAGCGGCUCUAGGUCCCAACCAGACUAAGAUCACUCUGGAAACAUUCUUGGCUUGGAAGAAGAAGAAGAUUAAAGAGAAACAGGAACUGCUCAACAAAGCUGAAGAACAGCGCCGCAGUGACUUCAAAGCGGGCAGGGCGGUUGGUCUCUCCGGCAGGGAGAUGUUCUCGUUCGACCCGGCGUUGGCCGCUGAUGCUGAUGACGACGGAGACGAGGCCUUCGACCUCGGGAAGUACCACGAGGAUGAGGAGGAGAAGGAGGAGUAUAGGAAUAUUGAGCUGGAACUCAUCGGGAUGGAGGCUUGCGAGGUGGACGACUCAGGCACGAAGGCGACGUCAGACAGGCUAGAAAAACUAGGUAAAGAUCUAGAAAAUGGUGAGGAGAAACCAGAGGAAGCGCCCAUGGGCGCUGUGCCCAUCAAUGAGAACCUCUUCCUGGCUGAAGACCUGGACGAGGAGCUGGAAAACUUAGACCUCGAUGAUUAACUUGUAUAGAUAUUGAAUCGUUUAUAAUAAACUUGAUUAUAUAACGUG